UACGAAUGCCACACUGUCACUUUCUUCCCUUCCUCGCUCGACUCGGGCCGGCAUUUUAUAUUUCUUCAAGUGGAAAUUUUCAAAGUUUUUUGGAAAUUUUGAAAUUCUUUUGAUAACCAAGGAAGAUAAAGACGAUGGCGUAUAGAAGGGACUCGUACAGGAAGGAUAGCUACACCAGGGCGGACUCUUAUCGGGAUGGGCGCAUUUACGAUGAUGAGGAAUAUGGUGGAUAUCCCGGCCAUGCGGAUCAGGUAUCGAAUAAUAGAAAAUACAGCGAUUUUGGAAAUAAAGAUGACUUUUACGACCCACGCGGAACGAGUACGCAGUCCUACUCAUUUCCUGAUGCCGUGGCGAAAUUCAUCAUCCACUUGUAUCAAUCCAUAAACAAUCGGGACGUGUCUGAAAUUGAGAACCUGUAUGAGAUCCGGUUCCCCCAGUUGACCAGGGACUACUUCAAGGAGGAAAAAUGGCCACAGGAUAUUACGCAUUUGGUGGACGAUCCACUCUUCACUACGCUCUACAGGGAGCUCUACUUUCGCCACAUUUACGCCACGAUGUCAAACUCGUUGACGUUCAGUGAUAGAUGUAACUCGUAUUCGAACUACUGCGAGUUGUUCAAUAUGAUAUUGACAUCACCAGAGCCAAUCGAUUUGACUCUUACGAAUCAAUGGUUAUGGGAGAUAAUUGACGAGUUCGUCUACCAAUUUCAAUCAUUCUCCCAAUUUCGUCGCUCCCCCAGAUUGAAUGCUGAAGAAUCUCAGUACUUUAAGGAGCACACUUACAUCUGGAGCGUUCUCAGCGUGCUCAAUGUCUUGUACUCGCUGAUUGAGAAGUCUAACAUUAAUCAACAGUUGAGGGCUUAUUUCAAUGGGGAGAACGCCGAAACUGUAGCUGGAGACUUUGGCAAGAGCCCUUUGUACAAGAUGUUGGGCUACUUCAGCUUGAUUGCCCUCCUCCGAGUUCACUCCAUGUUGGGAGACUACCAUUUGGCAGUCAAAGUUUUGGAGAAUAUUGAUCUCCACAAAAACACAAUGUACUGCAACGUACCAGCGUGUCAAAUCACGACCUAUUACUAUGUAGGAUUCGCGUAUGUUAUGAUGCGUCGAUAUGCUGAUGCCAUCAGAACAUACACCAAUGCGCUCCUCUAUAUCCAAAGAAUGAGACAAAUGUUCCAAGCAAAGUCGUAUCAAAAUGAUCAGGUGAACAAACAAACUGAUCAGAUGUAUACCAUGUUGGCCAUCUGUUUGGUCCUCCAUCCCCAAUCCAUUGACGAGUCUAUAAAUUCUGUCCUGCAAGACAGGAAAUAUGCUGAUAAGAUUUCUAAAAUGCAACAAGGGGACAUGAAGGAAUUUGAAAACUGCUUCACCUUCGCGUGUCCCAAAUUCUUGUCCCCUGUACCUCCCGCGAUUGAUGCAUCUCCAGACCCAAGUCAAGAACCACUCCAGAUUCAAAAGAGCAUUUUCAUGGAAGAAGUUGCCCAACAAAUUUAUCUUCCAACCAUUCGCAGUUUCUUAAAGCUGUACACAACAAUGCCCGUGUCAAAAUUGGCUGCUUUCAUGGAACUGGAUCACAACACCUUGAUGGAAUGUUUACUUUGUUUUAAGCAUAAGAUGCACAACAUUGUCUGGUCAAAGGGCGUAUCAUCUUUAGACGGAGACUUCAUGGCUGGUUCCGAAGUAGAUUUCUACAUUGAUAAAGAUAUGGUUCACAUCGCCGAUACGAAAGUAGGGAGAAGAUAUGGAGAUUAUUUUAUUCGUCAUAUUCACCUCAUGGAUGAACUUCAUCGGGCUUUGAAGGGUCUAAAAUUUUAGAGGAAAUAAUAGUAUUUUUGUGUAUGUGUGAAAUUGGAUGAACUUUUUUUGUACGUCUUGAAAUAAUUGUGUAAUUAAUUUACUAUUGUUAUAACUUAAAUAUAAGAAAAAAUUGUAAAUUAAGAGUAAAAUUUAUAUGUAAUUAAAUAAACGUAUAAAUAUGUA